AGUGGCCCAUUGGUAGCCUAUUUAGACGCAGGCCUUUCUCACAGCAUCUCUAUCUCACUCUCUGGUGCAGCAGGUCAGCUGUCAUGCCUCAAACAGGCUCCCAGAUGCUCCCGCUAUUGGCUCUCGGAUUGGUUUGGCUGAUUUGCGUCUUCACCACUGUCUGUGAGUCUGCCACAGGAGCUACUGUAGCCUCUAAAAACCGAAAAACCUGUUUGAAAAUAGAGAAUGACAUCCGUGAGGCCGUGUGCCAUGAGAAUCAUCUUCCAGGUGCAGGGUGGUCAUGUUGUGGAGGGCAGGCUUUCCACCCUGAAGAAGCCACUUGUUGUAAAGAUGGAUACACCAAAGACACAGCUGUUACAGAGGGUCUGAGCGAAAAGGUGUCCGCUUGCUGUGGACUAAAGGCCUAUGACCAACUCAACUUUAUGUGUUGUAACUCAACCAUCAUAGCCAAACCUGCGCCAAAUGCCAAAUGUUGUGAUAAUGAUGCUUAUGAUGUGGACAAGCAGAUGUGUUGUGGUCCGAUUAAGAACAAGACGGUCCUGACAAGAAAUUCCAGCUACCACCGGUGCUGUGGACGUGACCAGUUUGACUCUAAGACUGAGCGCUGCUGUUCCAUGAACGAAAGUCUUAAGAUACAGCCCAUCACAUCCAGCUUCUGUAGGAAUGAGUCAGCUGUCUGUGGAACGAAGACCUACAACACAUUCACUGAACUAUGCUGUCAAUCAACUGUUGUAUCCAAACUUGCAUCAAAUGCCAAAUGCUGUGCAGAAAAUGCUUAUGAUGUGGACAAGCAGAUGUGUUGUGGUCCGAUGGAGAACAAGACGGUCCUGACGAGAAAUUCCAGUGACCACCGGUGCUGUGGAAGUGACCAGUUUGACUCUAAGACUGAGCGCUGCUGUUUCAUGAACGACAGUCUUAAGAUACAGCCCAUCACAUCCGGCUGUUGUGUGAAGGAGUCAGCUGUCUGUGGAACGAAUGCCUACAACACAUUCACUGAACUAUGCUGUCAAUCGACUGUUGUCUCCAAACCUGCAUCAAAUGCCAAAUGCUGUGCAGAAAAUGCUUAUGAUGUGGACAAGCAGAUGUGUUGUGGUCCGAUGGAGAACAAGACAAUCCUGAUGAGAAAUUCCAGUGACCACCGGUGCUGUGGACGUGACCAGUUUGACUCUAAGACUGAGUGCUGCUGUUUCAUAAACGACAGUCUUAAGAUACAGCCCAUAACAUCCAGCUGCUGUGGGAAUGAGUCAGGUGUGCAGCAACAGAAACCCACACCUCAACCCAACUGCACUGAGCCAAACACAGGUCUCUGUGGGUCAGCAUGUUACAAUCCCAGUUCCUUUCGCUGCUGUGAGAAAAACCAGGGAAAGUCUCAGUGCCGCUUCCCAGGCCAAUGUGAUGAUGCCUCAACUGUGUAUAACCCACAUACACAUGUCUGCUGGGAUGGCUUUGUAUCUGAGUGGAAGUCUUGGAUUGAACAAUUUCAUGUCUCCCCUGGACAACACUGCUGCGGGACAGAAGUCUAUCAGCCUCGCACUGAGAUCUGCUGUGAUGGACACAGACAUGCCAAAAAAGAAAACACUCACUGCUGUGGGGGGAAAGCCUACAACAUUAAAGACCCUCAGAUGAAAUGCUGCGCAGGGACACUGCACAACCUCACCCUGUUACGCAGGUCUGGACAUGACGUGCAAUGCUGUGGAUCCAUUCUGCAAACCCCACAUAAUGUUUGCUGCUCGAGUGAGGACAAGGAGGUGCUUUACUCUGCCAAGAGAGGAUUUGGAUGCUGUGGUCACCUCUACUACAACGUCUCUCUGUGGUCAUGCUGUGCAGGGAAACUGAGUCCAGUACCCAAAGUAGGACAGCAUCAGAGCGUGAUGAUUAAAGAAUCCAGACUUCUGUCAGUAAACAAUCUGAAUGAAACGGAUCUUUGCGAUGAAAUGCAAAUCGGUACUGUGGAAAGUGUGUCUCAGGACAGCAUCAUGUUCAGCAAUGUGCUAAAAAUCCAUGGAAGAAAUGCCACGGUGAAACCUCUGGCCUCGCCUCACAUCCUGGAAACACCUGAUCGCUGCAGCUCCCCUAAACUGAUCCCUGGGAAUAGCUACUUCUUUGAUGAAGUUAAAGUCUUCACAGAUUUCAACCAUAACUCUAUUCUCCAGUCGCUCUAUUUCAUUCUUUCCAAGUGUUAUCGUCCUUAGGUCACCACUGUUACCUGUUACUACCAUCAGUUAAUCUGUUAUCGUAUACAUGGUCUGACUCACCGGAUGUUUAGUUUAGUUUAUUUGUUUAUUUGAGCAGUAACCAUUCUGCUCAAAGGGAGUGGGCAGAAGCAAAAGAGCUUAUAAGCGCCCCCAUAAAAUAAUACAAUAAAAUUUCUCAUUUCACAAUAGUACAAAAAAACAUAGUGCAAAACAACGCAACAAAGCACAAUAACAAUCAAAACAAAUACAAAUGAAGCCUGCCAUUGCCCCCCUAUUUCAGAGGGCAUUCUCCUCCCCUUUAGCUAUCUCCGCUAUUUAUUUUGCAAGGGCACUGCAAUCGCUGCAUCCCGGACUUAGCGCCACCCAAGAUGAUUAUGAUUGGUUUAAAGAAAUACAAACAAGCCAUGACAUUUCCCCUAUCCUUGAAUGAAAAGCAGUGCAGCCAGACUUUUAAUUAUUUUCAUUGCUCAAUAUAUAUAUAUAUAUAUAUAUGGUGCUUUACCAAACCAUUUGCAGUCAAAUUACCAGAAACACAUUGCCACCUGUACACUGUGGACUAUACCGCUACGAUUCUAGAUUAAGGUUUUUAAAGCGGUGCUCUUUGCAGAAAAGCUGCCUUCUUUCCUGUCUGGUAGCUGUUAGCGUGCAAGAAUUAAUGUGUAAUUAAUAUGUAGCUUGAUUUCACAUAAGCUGAACAGCUAUCAGCUAACAUGUUUUAUUUUUCAGAAUAUUAUGAUAGUCUUUGUUAUUCUUUUCAGUCAUGCACCCUUGCGUUAUAUUUUAUUAUUAUUUUUUAUUCUUGCACUAAACUACAUUAUAAACGGCAACUGUUUGCACACAUUUCAUUUAUGUUGUUUACAUUUACAUGUAAAUUACGUAAAUGAUUUGUCAAUUUUUACUACUCCGCACCGGCGAUAGCCUUGGCCGGUCAAUAUCUCUGAACACCUCAGGGGAAUCUCUUCAAAUUUGGUACCAACGUUUACUUGGACUCUGAUUAGAUUUGAGUGGUCAAAGGACAAGGUUAGAGUGGCCUCACAAAGCACAUGUUUGGCCCCUCAAGAAUUCCUAUGCUACUUAUAACAUAUUUCACAGAAAUGUCUAGUAUGAUUAAAUGAUGAAGUGAUGACACUUUAUAUCAAAAAGGUCAAAGGUCAAUUUAACUGUGACAUCAUAAUGUUCUGCAAAAACACUUUUCUUGCCAUUAUUCAGUGCCAUAACUCAGGAACAGAAGGGGAGAUUUUGACCAUAUUUCAUAUUUUGUUGGAUACUGAAUUGGUGACACUAAUCUUGGGUGCCCACCCUGAAACUGUGGUGAUUGUAUAGAUCUUCUGUGCUGCCGGGUUGAAGAUGUGCGUGAAGCAUUGAUGUUUCGCCAAAAAAUAAAAUAAUACAUUUUAUUAAA